AAAUUUCAUGUCAUGCCACACAUCCCUCCACCGCAACAUAUCAAUACCAAGACGGUGAGCGGUUGCAGCAAUUUCACCGGUCGCGAACCAGGGACCAGUGCUGAGGCUUGCUGCCAUCACCUCCUCCUCGUUGCUUACCUGCACCGAUUCGCUACGAGCCCUUCUUCCCUCCUCCCUCUACGUCUCGCUUGUUUCAUUCUGUUGGAUGGCCCGUAUGUGGGGGCACGAUGGUACAUUGCAAUUUCUGGCGGUGCCAGCCUCCCUGCUCGAGACUACUCGCCAGACAAUCUGAGAUCAAGUCCGUUUAGUCGUGUCGUGUUCGACAUGUCCGCAGCAUGUGCUUGCCAUAGCGUGCUAACGCGUAAUACUCGGGCUUUUCGUCCCGCGUCGAUGCGCAACCGGGGUAAUCAUCCCCUACGAUGACUCUCUCGUGUCCCUGAAUCCGAUGUCUUGGUAGAGAGCGACGAAGAAGCGUGAGCACCAAGCCCACGACCUAUCAAGCGCUUGUCUGACCCUCCUUCUGCCGUAUAACCUAGUCACCCUAGCACACCAGUAUUGCCUGCGGUACUGCACUCUCGACUUGAUGUCUCCAAAGCUUGCCAUCCAAACACGCCCCUCCAACCUAGCGGCGCACGAGGUCGGGAGCCGUCUCGCCAGGUCGAGAUCGAGAUAAGGUCGUGGGGAUCCACGGUUGCGACUGGCGGCAAGGCUUCUUGUUAUCCAAGGUUCUCAACUCACAUGAAUGCCCACUAUAUACUAUGACGCCCACCCUGUGGACGGACACUUAUCCUCCUUGGUCUAGCUCGUGCGGGGAACGAUGGCUUCUAGCAACGGCUCCCUCGUCCAUGGGCCAGGUGUGGUUCGUUGUUCUGCCUCGAUCUCCUCUCGAGCACAAAGUCUUCACCAAACACUCACGUUCCGUUGGUCGAGUUUCAGUCUUGGUGUGGGGUAAAUGUGCACGGUAGGUGCCGAGGAUUGGGUGGAUUGGGGUGUCUAGAUGUGCAGUAGCUACCAUCUUGCUUAUGGCCUUGACAAUGGCCAUGCAGAGCCCUAUAUGGCCUUGGUCGGGAUCUGUUAGAUUUACAAGGCGUCGGCACUUGCACACUCUGCACGCGAUGGGUGAAAGAGGCUUAUCUCUUCGCCCUCGGUCGGAUAAGCAUGUGGUUUCUCCGGAUAGGCUUUUGCGUUGGUAGUGUGUUUUACCUUUCAAUAGUUGCCUAUCAGAUUCAUAUUUUGGCCAGCGCAGAGCAAGACAACAAGAAGGCGUCAUCAUCUCGGGAGAAGCAGCAAAAAUAAAAAGAUUCCUCACGUAUUCGCUGAGGAGAAUGCGCUGCACUGCCACAUAUUCUUCGUACUUGGCGCUAAUUAUAGCACAGGCUCGCGUGGCAUCCCCAUCCAUCGAUCCCGCACCCCCCAGCACGAAGAACUCGUGAGCGCUGCAGACGUCAUGAUACGGUUGAACUUUGCACGGCCACAGGCGCCAAAAAGAACCUGCCCAGAGACCCAGACUGUGCGGCUCCACCCUUGACCAUGCUCCGUGUUUGUUGACAAGGGA